UUAUCAGUAAAAAUACAUAUAAAUAAAAUCUUAAGUUCACAGAGACUGCCAUAAUUAUAUCUUAAGCCAAGAAGUUAAUUUUAAUUAUGAAAAUAAUUUUAGUAGUUUUGGUGAUUGUAGCUGCAGCUACAGCAUCUACGGACGAAGAAAAAUGGAGACAAUUUAAGAUUACCCACAACAGAGUAUAUAACAAUAUUGAAGAGCAUAAACAUCGAUUUGAAAUCUUUAAGAAAAAUCUGAUUCGUAUUAAAGAGCAAAACGAAAAAUACGAAAAAGGGGAAUCAACUUUUAACUUCGGAAUCACUCAAUUUGCAGACCUUACCGAAGAAGAGUUCCUUAGUCGUUUUAAACUCGCUGGUAGUUCUAAGUUAAGCAAAAUUAAUAGCAAUGUCUCUUCUUCUAAAAGUAGAAGUAAAACCUCCGGUGGAUCAGAUGAUUUGCCAGAACAAUAUGACUGGGUCCGCACUGGUGCAGUGACACCUGUAAGAGAUGUUGCAGAUUGUGGUGAUUGCACAGCUGAAAGCGUGGUAGCCGCAGUAGAAGGCGCUGAGUUUAUAAAAACUGGAAAUCUAAUACAGCGAAGUCCCAAGCAGCUAGAAGACUGCAUUCCUUUUAACCCAGAUGAAUGUUGGAUAUGUUAUGAGAAGGUCCUUAAUUACACCAGAGAUUUUGGUAUUAUGACCGAGAAGGAUUAUCCUUGGAAAUUUGAAAGUGAGGAUUGUCAAAUAGAUAACAUUACCACCACCGAUCCGCUGAUACAGAUAAUUGACUGGAUAUAUGUUAGCGAGGGGGAUGAGGUGGAAUUACAACGUACACUUUAUCUUGAAGGACCUGUAGUGGUUUCCAUAGAUGCAACCAUUAAUUAUCAGCUAUAUGCAGAUGGUGUGCUAGAUGAUCCAACUUGUGGAAAUACAAUGGAUGAUAUGGAUACUACCCUUUUGCUUGUUGGCUAUGGUGAAUCUAAAAGACAAGGCCAAUACUGGAUCCUUAAAAAUUAUAUUGGCACGUUUUGGGGAAAUAACGGGUACCUUUGGUUAAGAAGAAAUAAGAAUAAUCAGUGUGGAGUUGCUACGUCAGCUGUUAUUCCAGUUCUUGAUUAUUAAUAUUAUUAAUUAUAUGUGUAUUAUUCAAAAAAUAUCUGAAUUAGUAAACAUACAAUUUCGAAAAUA